GAACUCAGUCGGCAUUUGCAGGAUUCGACCCAUGUAGCCAUGACAUGUGUUCCUGAACUAUAAACACUGGCCCGGAAUCCCUGGGUCGCGCGCCGUCCUACGUUCCCUCGUCAAAGGCUGAACCCUUAGUCUACCUCACUACGCCUUCCUAGCUAACCCCGGGUCCCUCUCUCGAUACUGUCAAGGGUAUCUUGGGUACGCCAGAGACAUGGCGGCCAACCGUCCGGAGUCCUGGGUCCAGAAGCUGCAGAAUUACUGCGCCUCCAACCAGAUUGCGCAGCCUCAGUUCCAGGACUACUCUGACCCGCGAGGCAUCCGAACGGCGUGGUCCAGCAGCGUCAUCGUCCAAGGCCGCGAAUAUCGAGCACACCUAUGGCGCGACUACCGCUACCUCGAACAAUCGCGCGAAGAGGCCGCCGAGAUUGCAUACAAGUCGCUCAACGGCAUACCGGUGACGAAUUCGCCGCAGUACACAUACGGUCGUGGCUACUCUAGCACACGAUAACACUAUGUCUGGCACACGAGGGCCCAGCCACCUAAGCUAGCCUU